AUGUCUUCCCCUCAGGAUCGCGUCCAGCAGUAUAUUGGACAGCUCGACAAAGAGCUGUCAAAAUACCCCGCUCUCAACAACAUCGAGAAGACCACUUCGGUUCCCAAGGCCUAUGCUGUCAUUGGCUUGGUGACGCUCUACUUCUUUUUGAUCGUAUUUAAUCUUGGUGGACAACUCCUGACGAACCUGGCCGGCUUCGUCAUCCCUGGGUACUAUUCUAUGGGCGCACUCUUCACCUCGUCCAAGAUCGACGAUACCCAGUGGCUUACAUACUGGGUUGUCUUUGCUCUUUUCACUGUCGUUGAGAGCCUUGUUAGCGUUGUCUAUUGGUUCCCGUUCUACUACACCUUCAAGUUUGUCUUCCUCCUGUGGCUCUCUCUGCCGGCUUUCAAGGGCGCCGAACUCAUCUUCCGGACCCUUCUGGCCCCCACUCUCGGCCGCCACUUCCAGACCUCGAGCUCGACUGCUAGCGGCCUCCGCGCAAAGGCCGAUGGUCUCCAUACCGAGUAA